UCUCCUCCCUUAGCCGUACGCCAAGAUGGCAACCUCUCUCCUCACUCUUCCGCUUAGGCGGCUCUCGGGCCUCACACCUGUCAGAGGUGUCCGCUGGGUGCAGGCUACUCCCCGGACCCUAUGCACCAAAGCUCCUCCUGAAGAAGAAUCUUCCAUUCCUGUCUCCCUCUAUCAAGAUGCUCCCUGGGAAUACCUGGAGACAGAAGGUACCACCAUAAGGAAGGUGUGGCAAGAGGAAAGGGAAAAGAAUACCUGGCUCGAUAUGGUUCCCGUCCGGUCUGGGCUGACUAUCGACGAAACCACAAAGGUGGCAUCCCACCGCAGCAAACCCCGAGGGAACAAAGUUGCUGGGAACCCUUGCCCUAUCUGUCGGGAUCAGAAGCUCCAUGUGGACUUUAGAAAUGUGAAGCUCUUGGAGCAGUUUGUCUGUGCUCACACAGGUGUCAUCUUCCAUGCCCCAUACACAGGUGUUUGUAUGAAGCAGCAUAAGAAGCUGACAGAGGCUAUCCUGAAGGCCAGAGACCAUGGUUUUCUCAGUUACCACAUUCCACUGGUACAGCCACGGGAUACUGAUUUCAGCAACUCCCAUGGAGCCGUCGGCCGUACCCCAAAGGCUCCUGCCCUAGCUGCAGGUACCUCCUGGUAUUCAUGGUACAAUUGGCAGCAGCCACCUGAGAGAGAGCUGGCCCGUCUUCGACGUCUGUACCGAGACCACCUUAAGGAAGAGAGUGGACCCCCACCUGACAUGAUGCCCAUAGUUCCAUCUCAAACUAAAAUUCUCACUGAGGAAGAGGAAUCCACGAAUGUUCACUAGAAAGGAAGUGAUUAAUGUACUCUGUAGUGCUUCAGAGCUUAAGGGGUGGAUGUAAGUCCUGAUGCCUAAACUUCUUAUCCAUACCCUUUUUAGAAAUGGGUAGGAUAAUGGCAAGCUCUGACCUAGAGGAAAAGAGAACAGGGAGAAGGCAAAAUGAAACAUGUUUUUGGUCGAUACCUUUUAAGGGCACCCCCCCUCCAUAUUUUUAAGUCGCAGGGGUAGGGGAGCCUAACUUGUCAAGUCCGCCCUUUAUAAUAAAAAUUCUUUUAUUA